UUUCAAAGGCGAUGCUGCUGCAGUCAUCACUAAAAUGUCAGCAUUUGCAUUUUGUAAUGCUGCUGCUGCUGAUGUGCUGCCAGCAGGGAAGACCGUCGACGGUCGCGCCUGUGCGUGUGCGCGUGUGUCUGAGGUGGGCGGAGUCUGGUCCUGAAGUCUUCUCCAGUCGGCUGCGACGCGCCGCUCAUUCGGACUCGGCAUCAGCCAGCAGAAGCCCGUCAGGACCGGAAGCAUCAUGGCAACCACCACGUGCACGCGUUUCACGGACGAGUACCAGCUGUACGAGGAGCUCGGCAAGGGAGCCUUUUCUGUGGUGCGCCGCUGUGUCAAAGUGUGCACGGGCCAAGAGUACGCCGCCAAAAUCAUCAACACCAAGAAGCUGUCCGCCAGAGACCAUCAGAAGUUGGAGAGAGAGGCCAGGAUCUGCAGGCUGCUCAAACACUCCAACAUUGUUCGUCUCCAUGACAGCAUCUCUGAGGAGGGUUUCCACUACCUUCUCUUUGACCUGGUGACAGGAGGUGAGCUCUUUGAAGACAUUGUAGCCAGAGAGUACUACAGCGAGGCAGAUGCCAGUCAUUGCAUCCAUCAGAUUGUAGACAGCGUGUCUUACACACACCAACAUGACAUAGUGCACAGGGACCUCAAGGUGCUGCUCUUCAGUAAAACACGUUGUUUGGAGGGGGGAGGGAGAUGCAGCCAUUGCAUCCAGCAGAUCCUGGAGGCGGUGCUGCACUGCCAUCAGAUGGGCGUGGUCCACAGGGACCUCAAGCCCGAGAACCUGCUGCUGGCCAGUAAGUGUAAGAACGCUGCCGUCAAGCUGGCUGAUUUUGGACUGGCCAUCGAGGUCCAAGGAGACCAGCAGGCCUGGUUCGGCUUUGCAGGUACGCCAGGUUAUUUGUCUCCAGAGGUGUUGAGGAAGGAAGCGUACGGGAAACCAGUAGACAUCUGGGCAUGCGGUGUGAUCCUCUACAUCCUCCUGGUGGGCUACCCCCCUUUCUGGGACGAGGACCAGCACAAACUCUACCAGCAGAUCAAAGCUGGAGCGUACGAUUUUCCCUCUCCAGAGUGGGACACGGUGACGCCAGAAGCAAAAAAUCUGAUCAACCAGAUGUUGACCAUCAACCCAAGCAAGAGAAUCACGGCACAGGAAGCACUCAAACAUCCAUGGGUCUGCCAACGCUCCACUGUGGCCUCCAUGAUGCACCGGCAGGAGACCGUGGAGUGUCUGAAGAAGUUCAACGCCAGGAGGAAACUCAAGGGUGCCAUCUUGACCACCAUGCUGGUUUCCAGGAACUUCUCUGUGGGACGUCAGACCACGGCGCCGGCGGCCGUUGGCGGCGUGUCGGGAAGCCCGGCCGGCAUCGUGGAACAAGCAGCCAAGAGCCUCCUCAACAAGAAGGCUGAUGUCAAGAGCACCAGCAGCAGGAACAGCACAGUCAGCAGUCCUAAAGUCCACGUGUCGUCUGCGGCGCUGGAGCCUCAGACUACUGUUAUCCAUAAUCCCGUAGAUGGGAUCAAGGAAUCCUCAGACAGCAGCAACACCACUACUGAGGAUGAAGACGUGAAAGCUCGCAAGCAGGAGAUCAUCAAGAUCACGGAGCAGCUCAUCGAAGCCGUCAACAACGGCGACUUUGACGCCUACUCGAAGAUUUGUGACCCCGGCCUGACGUCCUUCGAGCCCGAGGGUCUGGGGAACCUGGUGGAGGGGAUGGACUUCCACCGCUUCUACUUCGACAACCUCCUGGCCAAGAACAGCAAGCCCAUCCACACCACCAUCCUCAACCCGCACGUGCACAUGAUCGGCGAGGACGCCGCCUGCAUCGCGUACAUCCGCCUCACGCAGUUCGUGGACGCACACGGUCGACCCCGCUCCAGCCAAUCGGAGGAGACCAGGGUGUGGCAUCGCCGCGACAGUCGCUGGCAGAACGUCCACUUCCACUGCUCUGGGGCGCCCGCCGCCCCCCUGCAGGCCUGAGGUAAAUAACAUUUAUCAUUACGUAUUAUUAUAUCACUUUUAUUAUUGUUUUUUUCAUGAAUGAUCCUGGUUUAAUAUUACUACUGCAUCCAAACUCAUAUUUACAUACAUACACAUAUACUGUAUAUGUAUACACUAAUUGGUCAAUUUUUUACCAAUUUUUUCUCCGACUUAAGAACAAAUCGACUUGCGAACGGUCGUCUGGAACCAAUUGUGUUCGUAAGUUGGGACCUAGUGUACUACUUAGUUAGUAACUUGUAUUUGUACUCACAGCGCCACCUGUAGGCGUGUUUGAUGGCAGCCUAAGGGUGUGUGUGUGUGUGUGUGUGUGUGUGUGUGUGUGCUGUCAGGGCAGUGCCACCGACAUCAAGCGGUCCGUCCCAGAGGUGGAGCCAGCGUGGAGAGAGCAGCACAGCUGGGUGGGUGGAAGGUGUGUGGGGGGCUAGUCCCGUCCCCGGCGUCCCCCCCACACACAAACACCCACCUGACUCCUUCUGUCCCUUCCUAUGUCGGGAGCACAGCCUGAACUUUAACAUCUCUCCGCUUCCCGCCCUGAUUGCCCAUGGAACCCCGCACCCCCCCCGCAAAGGAGCGUCCACUUGUUGAUUGCAGCGUGUCGUGGUGCUCUCCCCCUUCUUCUUCUUCUUCGUCUUCUUCUUCUACUUCCUGUGACCAGCAUGGCCCCUGUUCCUGCAUGGCCGCCCAUGUGACGUCAUCGUGUCGUUGCCCCUCCCCCUCGCAGCGCUACCACGCAGCACUCUGCAGUUGUGUGCCGUCGUCGUGCCGAUGGUUGACGCGUCAGCCGUGCUGCAGCGAUGCCGUUCCCAUGCAUGAAGUCACGUCAGGUGCGUGUCUCCCGUCGUCGUCUUCUCUCUUCGGACCAAACUGCUGUGCUUUGCCUGCGCCUCUUUGCUUUUUCUUUGGACUUUGUCGGCUAUUUAGAAGAACUGCUGAGGAAACCAACCAGACUCCUUUGGUUUUGAGACCCUGACUCCUUCCCGCGUCAAGACAAUUCCAACAAACACUAAAAAUUUCAUCUUUACUUCAUCAUGUCUAUCCAACAAUACCGACGAUGUGUCUCAAUUGGUGCACUUGCAUUCUUACACUAAGUCUUUUCACUGCAUACUGUAAGUGGACACUUGUGUACUCACCCUCUGUCGUUUAAGUGCAUAAGUGCACACUUGUGUACUUACACUUAGUCUUUUAAGUGCAUAAGUGCACACUUAAUUGAAUACGUGCAAUAUGCACACUUGUGUAUUUAACACCUAAUAUUUUAAGUGCAUAAGUGGACACUUGUGUACUUACACUGAGUCUUUUAGUGCACACUUGCAUACUUAUGCUUCGUCUUUUGAGUUCAUAAGUUCACACUUGCAUAUGUACACUACACAGUUUUUUCAGUGCACAAGUGCACAUUUUUGUACUUACACUCAGUAUUUUGAUAGUGAUAGUGCAUAGGUGCACAAUUGUGUACUUAUACGUAAUCUAUUUGUGCACAAGUGCACACUUGAAUACUUACACUUAGUAUUUUGCAUGCAUAAGUGCACAUUUUUUUUACUCAAACUUACUUUUUUGAGUGCACCAGUGCACAAUUGUGUACUUACACUUAGCAUUUUAAGUGCAUAAGUAGAUGCUUGUGUACUUACACCUAGUCUUUUGUUGAGUGCAUACUGUAAAUGUAUUGACACCGAGAAGGACAUAAAAAUGCAGUACACUGUCUGUACCGGCAUGCUGGUGAGUGUGCGGUGGUGGAUACUCACCGCCCGAGGAGCGGCCGCAUUGGCUUCAUAACAGAAGGGGGGGGCUACCAAAGCAAAAGCGACGGCAUCAUCUCCGCCUCAUUUGAAGCAGGUGGUACAUGCAAACCAGAAAAAGCAAUCCUGUUCAAUGAUACCUAUGUCAUCAUGCUUAAUGAUACCUACUAUGAUAUGUAUGUACAGUGGAGAUGAGUGGGCAGAUACUUGAUGGGACGAUCCAAACGUUGGAGAUAAUGCUCCGUGGAGUGGUUGCAAUUCAUCAUUAAAAAAGAGAGAAGAAGAAGAAGAAGGUAAAUAUUUCCGUAUGGUUAUUUCCAGUAAGCGUAGGAUGACAGUAUAGGAUUUGGGACAGCACUACACUGACAACGUUCACACACUCAGGAACUAAGUGCACGGUGCACGCAGUGUACUUGCUGAAGUGUACUGAUGCAAGUGUUCCAUUUGAGACACAACCUUUGUGUUACUUUUUACUGUUUCCUUUUGGAUGCAGAGUUGUCUAAUCUGUUUGAUUUAUUUGGCUUUUUGUGCGAUAUUUGAAAGACUAAGUGUGACUAUUUGUAAUGUUUUCAUGUAUUAUUUUUGUUGUUUUUGUACUAUUUUGUCCUGAAUGAAAGAAACGCUGGAGGUUUAAGUGAUGAUGUUCCAUCUUCCACUCGUCCAGCAGCAAACUACUUGUUAUUUGCUGGAUUAUAAUCCUUAUUACGACGUAUAUCAUGACUAUGUGUAAACUAAACAUGUCAGACGUCAUCUAUCAUUUUACUGAGUGUUGUAAAAAGCACUUCAAUGUUUGCAUUUAUCUGGCAGUCUUGAUGAAGAGCUUGUUAGUCUUUUCUUACUGAUGAUGAUGUGCAUCUUAUUAACAUGAAUAAUAAUAACCAUCAUAUUCGAAACAUAAUAAAAGCAGCACGCAGACA